AGCACCUUACUCGAGCACUACUUGUCUCUGACGGACCCCAGCGCCUACUGCGUCAUCCUCUGGGCCCAUGGUUCGAUCCUCUCGACAACUGGAACUGGUUAUGGUCUUCUACCCACGGAUUGUUCCAUCGCCAGGGAUACUCGUUCUACGCAAUUGUCCGGGUGCAAACGACCACAUAACGAGCCUACAGACAACGGCGCCAGCGGCUUGCCGGCCCCCUUUUGGACCCAACCACUCCCAGCGGACUUGUGCCGAGCUACCGUCCACAUUACGCCUUCGCUAGGUACUCUAGCCCUCACCGGCAUUGGGAGAGCACCGCUGCAGCCGCAUCACGACUCUCAACCGUCCUUGCUGGCCGCCUGGAUGGCUGCCUCAGCCAAGGUGACCGAGUAUGUUGGCUGGACCCCAGAAGAAAUAGAGAUCGAUGGCAAUGAAAGCCUCCUUGCUGAAACCCUACUCGAAGACCGGCUGUGUGUGAUCAGCGACGGCUCUUAUAAGCUCGGUCUGGGCACGGCAGCGGUUCAACUGCUUCCACGUAAGGGUGGCAAGGAACGUAUUAUCGUUCGGAUUGUGUGCGAUGGAUUUUUGGCGUUGCUCAACACCUUUAGUGACAAUCGAGUCACACCGCAACAAGCCCAGUUUGACCUGGUCUCAACUAUCCGGGAGGCACUGGUCCACUCUAGGGCCUCGUGGGAACCUAGCCACGUGUACGGUCACCUUGAUAAGGCGACAUCCUUUUUGUGUCUCUCUUGGUGGUCCAAACGAAAUGUGGAAGUGGAUGCGUGGGCGGUCGCUUAUCGCCACCAGCUCGAAGCUUCACACCGAUUGCUCGCACCUAACGCUCGUUUCUUUACCGAAUUGGCUGCCCUCUACAUCGGGGACGUCAAACAGUCGCGAUUGAAUCCAGAACAGGUCCAGGAACUGGUGGCGCUGCCUGCUCUACGCAAGCGAUGGCACG